AUGGAAGUGAAGCAAAAAUUAACUCCUAUUCAUCCCGGAGAAAUAUUAAAAGACGAAUUAGACUAUUUAGACAUUAGCCAAGCGGAACUAGCACGAGCCAUUAACGUUUCCACUCGCCGCAUUAACGAAAUUUGUCAAGCCAAACGGGGCAUUAGUAAUUUUUGCGACCGUUAUUGCCAAGGACUUUAUGAAAAUCAGGAGUCGCAUCGUAAAUUACGAAUGGACAUUUGGAAUGGAAAAGAAACAAGGGAUUACGAGGCAGUAGAAACCAAAGGAGGGUCAUUUUCUCUUUACGAUAUUUAUACCGAAGAGGAAUUAAAAGAAAAACCACUAAAUGAUCAACGACUUCAGAUAAUAAGAAAAAUCCAUGCCUAUAUGAUAAAGGAAAGCAGAGAAUUUCUUUACUGCUUUGCUCCCAAAUGUUCUAAGCGUUUUGAAGUCACUUCUCAAACUUUUUCGUCUUUUUUCUGUAGUAAAGAGUGUGUAAAAAAGCAACAGGCAAUGAUGAAAAAAAAAUGGUAUAAGGAACAUGAAAUUAAGGUGAAAGAAAUUAAAGAAAGAAGUUUACUUAGGGCUUACAGGUAUUCAUCACAAGAGGAUUUAUCUAACUUCAGAAAAUUAUUUGGUGGUGAAGUAACUGAGAAAAAAAUGGAAGAAUUUUUUAAAUUGGCAAAAAAAUUAGUAUAA